AUGAGUUUCAAAGGAACAAUGCGUUAUGCGGCACUGGCAAGUCACCUGGGGCGUCCACCGAGCCGUCGCGAUGAUCUGGAAUCGUGGAUGUACCAACAGGUGGAACUUACUAAAGGAGUACUGCCAUGGAAAAAUGCUGAAGACGAACUGGAUAUUAUAAGCGCCAAAGAAAGUGUGCGAACGAACGACGGUAUGCACAAGCUGAUGCGAGCCUGUCCAAAGAGUUAUGUGGAUAUAAUGAAAUACAUUGCCAGUUUACACAAGAGGAGCAGGCCAGACUACGAUUACAUCUAUAAAGUGCAUAAUUUACUUUCAUUUUAA